AUGCGUGCUACCCGAGGAAGACUCAUCUCACGGCUUCGACGGUGCGGGAGAGUAGCUGGGAGGUUCCGAGCGUGGGUGUGCACAUCUUUGUGA